AUGGAAGACGUCCUAUCUCGAGCCUGGGCGCAGGUCAAAUGGGAGGAAGACAUCGCCAGCCGUGCCAAGGCGCAACAAAAGCAAGAUCCCAAGAUGACCAGACCAGACCGAACAGAGCGAGACGAGAAACCCUCUCAAAGACCAGCUAGGGACUUCGGGAAUCGAAACCGGGGCAGGUACCAGAACCGGCCAAUCGAAACCGGGGCAUGUACCAGAACCGAGGCAGAUGGGACAGCAGGUCAAGUGGCCUCAGAAGAUGAAAGCCCCCGACCUUUCUGGAGCCCUGGCUUCUGGUGCGACUUCCACCGAGACCACAGUCACAAAACGGAGGACUUCGUCGCACUAAAGAUUGAGGUCAACGAGCUGCUUAGAAAAGGGUACCUCAGGGAGUUCCUUUCCGAGAAGGCCAAGAGCCAUCUAAGCAAGAAGACAACGGGUAAGCCCACUGAAGCUGCUCCCGUCUCGCCACCGCGACAGGACCGAGUGAUCCAUGUCAUCUCGGGCGGUUCGGAAAUCAGCGGCAUAAGCCAUGCAGCCGUGAAGAAAAGCACUUGGAACGCCAAGCACGGCCUAGAGGCAGCUAAGCCAAAACGCCUGCUCCUAGGAACAAACGAGAUAAGUUUCACAGCCAAGGAGCAGGAGAAAGUCCUUACUCCUCACCACGACACCAUGUUUAUCUCGCUCUCUGUAGCGAAAUGCCUGGUAAAAAUGAUAAUGGUAGAUAAUGGAAGCUCAAGCAACAUCAUCUUCCAGGCCACAUAUAAGGACCUGGGGCUGGACGAAGGCGCUCUAACUCGAAGGACAACCCCCCUUAUAGGGUUCAGCGGGGAGGUCAAUGAUGUUAAGAGUUUUCGAGACUCUUAA